AUGGAGUGCUACUACAUCGUCAUCAGCUCCACGCGGCUCAGCAACGGGCACUUUCGCAACAUCAAGGGGGUCUUCCGGGGCCCGCUGGGCAGGACGGGGGGCCGGACUCUGGGCUACGCGGAGAAGGAGAACGCCAUCGCCAACGCGCUGGGGGACCUGAAGGCCAACUUCUACUGCGAGCUCUGCGACAAGCAGUACCACAAGCACCAGGAGUUCGACAACCACAUCAACUCCUACGACCACGCGCACAAGCAGAGGCUCAAAGAACUGAAGCAAAGGGAGUUUGCGCGGAACGUGGCCUCGAAAUGCAGGAAGGAUGAGCGGAAGCAGGCGAAGGCCCUGCAGCGCCUGCACAGGCUGGCCGAGCUGAGGAAGGAGGCCGCGCGAGCUCCGGGAAGCGGUCCCAUGUUCAAGUCCACGACGGUGACCGUGGGAGACACCGGCCAGGGCGUCUCGAAGGAGGUGGCUGUGGAUCCAGCGCUUCGCCCGGAGGAUGCCAGGUGUCCUGUGAUGCCCGGGGAGGAGCCUGCGCCCGAGGGCACGGCCAGGGCUGCGGACCCCGAAAGGGCGCCUCCUUACGACAGGACCCCUCCGCGGGGGGAGCAGGCCCCGGGCGCCCACGGGCCCAGAACCGGCUUCUCCUUCGCGUUCCCCAAGAAGGCGUCCGUGCGGCUGGAGUGCUCGGCCGCGGCCUUCUCCGAGGGCAGCGGGGACGCCGCCCUGGCCCGGGGGCUGGGCAGGAGGAGCCGGUUCGUCCCGGGGCCUGGUCAGCCUCAGCCGCCUUCCCCCAGAGAGGAGCUCCGGGGCCCCGAGGGGAAGGCUCACUCUCUGUGUCCCGAGGGGACGUGCACCUGCAGGGACACGGCUCCCGCGCAGGAGCCGGGAGGAGCCGCUGGAGGAGCCGCGGCGUCACUGCCUUCCUCCGGCCAGCCUCGGCCCCCUGCGUCUCCGGAGGCGGAUCCGUCUCCCCCGGAAGAGGCUGCUGGGAGGGAAGACACGUCGGAGAGGGGCGCCCGCUCCGAGGCGCCGGGAUGUUGGGGCGCAGCUCUCGGCGGGGCCAGCCCAGCGGAACGGGCGAAGGACGAUGAAGCCCCCGCCGUCGACGCUGAGACGGAACCCCGUGGCCCGGAGAGCCCGGCCCCGGCCCCCUCCGAAGAGGGCGCUGUGACCUCACGGCGAGCCCCGGCUUCCCGCCGAAGGCCCUGCCAGCCGUUCGUCCCCGUGCUCAACAAGGCCGGCUCCGCCGUGCUGCAGUGGCCGUCGGAAAUGCUGGUCUACACGGCGGCCCGGCCACCCGUGUCCUACAGCUGCAACCCUCUCUGCUUCGACUUCAAGUCCACGCAGGUCAGCCGCCGCCUGCAGAAAAGCAGGCCGCCCCUCCAUGGCCUUUGUCCCCAGCAGAAGGGGGCCGACACCUGCAGGAGGCAGGAGUGGGGGGUCCAGGGCAGCCCCUCGGGUGACGGCGGAGGGGGCAGCAGACAGGACUCCGCCCCCGUCACCCCUCUUCCGGCUGCAGAGCCCCCCUCCGGUAGUUGUGAUUCUGGAGAAAAGGAGGACGUAGAUCAGAGGCGGAAACAUCGUUCCUGCAGGAGCCGAAAAGCGAGGCGGUGCCAUGUUAUCCAAAAGCAAAUGAAACGGAACGCUCUCGAGGAAGGCCCCGGGACCAGGCUGACAGGCGCGCGGGAGCACCGGUCCCGGAAGAGCCGGAGGAAGAAGCGGCGGAGGAGGGUCUGUCACCGCCGCCGAGGGGAGAGCGCCCAGGAGCCGGCAGCGCCCUGCAGGACGGAGCCGGAGAAGGGCUGCGCCGGCCCAAGGAAAGGCCCGGAAACGGGCUCCGAGCAGCGGGAUGCCGCUGGACAGCCGCCGCUGGGCGCACGCCCCCCGCCUGCCCGGGAGCCCGCCCCGGCGUGUGUGCUCUGGGCUGAAAACACGGAAACAGAAGCGUGUAAAGCGAGGAGUGCCGAAGGCCAUCGCAGUGACAUCAGCUCUCAAAACCCCCGCGCAGGGAGCCCUUCCGGGCCCUCAGUGGCGCCCCCUGGGACCCGUGGUGGGACUCCCUCCGGCACGCCCUGCGGCUGCGGGGCCGCGGCGCCCCGCGGUGGUCAGGGUCGCGGGCACGUCCUUCUUCCGAAGGGCACGGGCUGCGUGCCCCCGAGCCAGGCCGUCAAGCGGGGCUACCAGUCUCUGGUCAGCGAGUCCGAAAGGUGUCACCGCAAACGGAGACCGCGCUCCUCCUCGGACGACGGUCGGAGCCCGCCGUGUGCUCUCCCGGGAGGACUGGGGGCCCCGCCCCGCGCGCCUGGGCGCUUCCCGCCCAGGAGGAGGCGGAGGAGGAAAAAAGGCCGGGAGCUCCGGGAGCGGGCAGGCCGCCGCGGGAGAGCAGCUGCCCCCACGGGCCCCCCGGGCGGGUCCAUAAACACAGACAGCAGGGAGGGACCAAGCCCCCAAGACGGGGCAAACGUGGACAGGACCUCGGAGCAAUCAGACCCGGUAAAACCCACACCCACACUGACUCCCCGCCCCAGCAGCCCCCUGCCUUCUGGCAGUGACAGGGGAGCUGAGCCUGGGGUCACCGUGGCCGCCUCCAGCUCAGGGCCCGGGGUUCCCAACGAGCCCCCCUGUGUCCGCGCAGAGGAAGCGAUGGCCGGCAGCCGGCGGGGGGGCCAGGACAGAGGCCAGACUGUGCUUAGCAGGGAAAAGCAGGUGCCUCCCAAGGUGCCCCCUAGGGACCAGACCUUCCAGCAGCCCCCACCCACAUCACUCCUGGGCCACCAGGAGCCGGCCGAGGCCCUACCCCCGGGGAAGGCAGCCACGGCCGAGGCCUCCCCCGCGUGGCUGCAUCUCCCUGCAGGGAUCCUCCACGCUCACCCCCCGCUGCCCUUCAAAGAGGCACAGGCCAGCGGCCACACCGUGGUCACCGCGGAGCAGAUCCUGGCCCCGCUGCCUCUGCCCGAGCAGGCCUUGCUGAUCCCCAUGGACGCCCCGGACAAAUGCAAAGCUCUGCCCUGUGAGGUCUACCAGCACCUCCUCCCGCCGGGCCUGCUGGCCCACAAGGUCAAGCUCGCCUUCCCCGCCGCCACCCUGGCCCCGCCCGGCCUGCCCCUGCAGCCUCUGCCCCUGCAGCAGCCCCUACGCUCUACCUCUGUCACCACCAUCCACCACACCGUCCUGCACCACCAGACGGGGGCCCUCAAAGUGCUCCAGCCGCACCAGAGGUUCCUGUCCCAGGCCCCCCCUCUGGCCGGGACAUCCUUACCUCAGACUUCCCUCUCCAGGGGACCCCUGGGCGCCAGGCUCUGUGCUGGGAGCCCGCCCACGUUAGUCCCGCCUCCUCCGAUGCCCAUCAUUCCAGCCUCGGUCCUUCAUCCCAGCCCCUUGGCCUUCUCCCCGCUGCCCCACGCCCUCUUCCCCUCCCUGCUGGCCCCCCACCCUGCAGUCAUCCCGCUGCAGCCCCUCUUCUAG